AUGGCCGCCCGAUCCCGAACGCCGUCCCACGAUGCAUACGCCACGGCUCCCGGCGCUACCGAGGCUUCCCAUUUAAACCAGCCAAACGGCUACGCCUCUGCUGCCGCCGACUCUCGCCCGAAUUCGUACAUGGCCCUUGAUUCGAUCGUUGCAUCAGAUUUUCAGGUUCGUGGAGGAGGAGGAGGAGGAGGAGGGGUAGGGGGAGCCGUCCAACCUCCUGCACCAACACAGCUGUCCCGGUUCCAUGAAGAUUUAUCACCCAGCCGACGUGGAUCGUCGCUUAUCAACGAUGGAGGUCCUCCAGGCGACGGUGGUGACCUGCAUCGCUCUGACUCGCAGAUAUCAGCGGCACAUUCGCUUUUGCCAUCUCGGGAGACGAGUUCUUUGAAGAAAAAACCUUCGUUGAGCAAAAAGGGCAGUUUGCGAAGGGGUGGAAGUCGGAGGAGUAGUCGUGCAGGCAGUGUGAAGAGUAUGGUCCUCGGUGAGAGAGAGAAGUAUGGCAUGGUGGAUGGAGAUGAUGUCAACAGUGCAUUUUAUAUUCCUAUACCGACUUCGGGAAGCCCUACGGAUGUGCUAGCUGCGAGAUUCCAAGCGUGGCGGAAGGUGUUGAAAGAUUUGAUAAUGGUCUUCCGGGAGAUUCAGAAAUCCUACGAAAUCAGAUCAAAGGCUCUUCUUUCCGCCUCGAAUUCGAUGAAUAACAUUGUUUUCCCAUCCACGUUUCUCGCGACAGGUGGGAUUGCAGACGCUUCAAAAAUAUUGAAAGAUUAUCACGGACAGGCAAUGCUGGAAUUGGCAAAAGCAAGGGAUGUCGAAUCAGAAGUGAUCAGGCAGCUGGCUGGUCUCAGGUCAGACCUCCAGCAGAAAGUUAAAGAGAUCAAAGGACUCUCGAGUGAUUUUAAGAAUUCGGUCGACAAGGAGGUAGAGGGUACUCGGAAAGCCGUCAGGAAUUUACAGGAAGCGCUUGGCCUAGUGGAUACCGAUCCAGCAGCUACUUCGGGGAAGGGAGACCCUUUUCUUGUGAGGUGUGCAGUUCAAAAGCAGCUUGCAAAACAGAUUGACGAAGAGAAUUAUCUACAUCGUGCGUUUCUGAACCUGGAAAGCUCCGGCCGUGAACUUGAAUGCAUUGUCGUUGCAGAAAUCCAGAAAACAUAUAAUAUGUAUGCCAACAUCCUAAAGCGCGACGCAGAUAUAGCAUAUGACGCCGCGGAACGUCUCAACGAGGGCCCACUAAGUAUUCCUCUGGAUCAUGAGUGGAACGCUUUUAUAUCCACCAAUGAUCAUCUAGUUGAUCCAGAAUUGCCCAUUAGGAAUUUUCAAUAUAUCAAUUAUCCCGGAAAGGACCAUCCUGCUGCUGCUGAAGUACGUGCAGGCAUGCUCGAGCGGAAAAGCAAGUACUUAAAAAGCUAUACCCCUGGCUGGUAUGUCUUGUCACCCACUCAUUUACAUGAGUACAAAUCUGCGGAUCGCAUCGAGUAUCAGAAUCCUGUGAUGUCAUUAUAUUUGCCUGAACAAAAAUUGGGCUCUCAUUCGCAGAGGGGUUCCGCAUCGCACAAAUUCAUGUUGAAAGGACGGCAAACGGGCCCGAUGCAUCGUGGUCACGCAUGGGUAUUUCGAGCGGAAUCCCAUGAUACCAUGCUCGCAUGGUACAAUGACAUCAAGAAUUUGACCGAGAAAACUGGAGAGGAUCGCAAUGCGUUUGUUCGCAAGCAUGCUCGCACUCAAAACGGUGGGCUCUAUCGAGCGGGAUCCCUCAGCAGCGAAGGCGCCAUGGACGAAGACGAAGCUGAUGAGAGGCCGUAUUUCGCUCACUAUGUAAUUCCAAACCAGGCACCACCAGAGGUGGACGGACAGUGGCAGCGCCCUCAACCAGGCGGGCGAUUUCCAAGUGAUAUCCAAAUCAAUCGACACUCAAAUGUGCCAUAUGCCUCAUCUAGAGAAAGCGUUGGAGAUCGGGAUGCGGUAGAACACACUGGCUCUGAUGUAGAGCCAACUAAGAACCAUCACCCACCAGAUCUUCCUGAUGGGAUGCCCGACGGAGUCCAUGAUGAUUUCCCUAACGAUCCUAGGAAUCCUGUCUCAAUGGAAAGGGAUGAUAUCAAUUAUGCAGAGGGAAUGGCUCCCGCAGCAACUACGGCUAUGAUGGGAUCAUCCCAUCAGAAUCCCCACCCGAACCCUUCACAAAAGCCUCCAACACUUGAUACAUAUUCUACGGCCUCUCCUAAGUGGGUGGAUUCCCCAUCCAACGUUUUCCGAGAUAGCAACACAGAAACGAUCUCCUCUCACAUUGUGGCAGAUAACAAAGCCAGCACUGCCACCCAUGCGACUACAGUUACGUCGACCUCGACCGUCAAUAACGUACCGCACUUCAGUGGUAAAUUAGGAGAUGCGGACCACCUCACAAACCAGACAACAACUGUAUCAACUGCGGGAGGCAGCCCCCCAUCAGCCAUGAAGACCAGUUCUGAAAGAGUUCACCCAUCACCAACGAUGAUUAGUGAAUAUAAACUUCCUGGCCAGUAUCCCGCUCCGACCUAUUAA